AGGUUCCUCAUUCAAGUACUUUCAUGAUAUCAGCCAAGAUGAUGUCAACUCUCAGGGUUUAAAAUCUAGAUAAUAUUUGACAUCAUAGCUGUUUCAAAUAACCGUUUAGUUGUGCUAAAGUUUAACAGUUUAGUUAAGUAAACAUAGCCAACAUUCCUAGGAUUAAGUUAGCAAGCGUCAGGAUAGCCUAGUCAGCUAGCUAACAUUACUUUCCUUGUAGCAGUGAAGUUUAAGUCCUUGAUCAGAAGUUUGACGUUUUUUUCCAUACCUCGGAUCUUACCAAAAUGGCGGACGAAAAUGCCAUGGAAAAUUUGGAUAACCUUUUAAUACAGUUAGCUCUGCAGACUCGAGAAUUAUCUGUAAAGAAAGAUGAUCUACAAAUGCAUAUUCAAGUUUGCAGAGCAAAUAUUCAACAGAAGAAGAUUUACGUUGAGGAGAAUAAAAAGCGUAUUGGGAAACUCGACGAGCAGAUUACAGAGAAACAGAGGACAGUUCAGCAUUACAAAGAGAGCACGAAGGGCCUGAAGCGGACUCAUAGCCUAUUGCUGCAGUAUGAGAGAGUGUUGGAGAGCGAAUUGGAGCGCAGACAAGAAAACUGCAACCGAGACACAAAAAUGUACCAGGAGCGCGUGGAGAGCUACAAGGCGGUGCUGAAGAAGCACAGGGAGCAGUACCACCAGCACCCUCUGGCCCAGAAGCUGCUGCAGAUCCAGGCGGAGAACGAGGAGAUCGAGAGGAGGAUCAGGGCCUGCGAGGACCGCCUGGCAGCGGGUGAGACACUACAGCAGGCACUACAGGGUGCGUCGGUCUCUACAGCUGCUCCUGAGAACACAGAGGACAGUGUGUCAUUAGGUCAGGUGGAACUUCAUCUGGCCGAUCAGGUUGAGCCGUCAGUGGACGCUAAGGAUCAGUUUUCACAGGGCGCCGGCUGUGAAGGCCAGGAUGAGGCUGCUGGGUUUGGAGAGGAGAGGAUGGAGGAAGUGGGGUCGGGCGAGCUUGAUGGAGGCCGCAGCAGAGCAGCCCCAGCAGGGCCAAGCCCAGGGACAGGCCUCAUGUGGACCAGCCCAGAAGCCAGAGCAGUGCAGAGGGAGGUAGCGGAGCAGGUGCAGCAGGGAGAGAUGGAACAGGAGGACAGCUUUAACAUAUCUGGCAUCGCUGAGGAGAUGGACAAGGUGCUUGAGGGGGUGGCAGUGGAGAACCAGGGGCAGGGGCAGGACCAGGACCCCCCCUCUGCCCCUGCCACCGCUGCCCCCACUGGGGCCUCUGAUGUGAGGGCCACUGGGGACGGUGCUGCCUGCCCUCCCACUCCCCCCUCCAGGAUGAAGGUGGUCAUGUCCACGCCAACCUUCUCACUCAGUAGCGGAAGUGACACUCUUGGUCGACGUGAAAACUCCGAGGGGAAGUCCCCAGGCUUUGCGUUCUCUGGCCCUCUUGGUCGCCAUGAUGACCCCAUGGCGAAGUCCCCAGGCUUCGAGUUCUCUGGGCCCCUUGGUCGCCGUGAUGACUCGGAGGGGAAGUCCCCAGGCUUCGAGUUCACCGGCCCCCUCGGUUGCCGUGACAACUCCGAUGCGAAGUCCCCAGGCUUCGAGUUCACCGGCCCCCUCGGUCGCCGUGACAGCUCCGAUGCGAAGUCUCCAGGCUUUGUGUUCUCGAUGACCUCUGAACCCUCUACGCCGGCCUUCUCUGGAUUCGGAUUCGACAUGGGCUCCACCGCACAAGGGGAGGAAACCCCAUUCGCAUUCACAAGUGAAUAUUUCAGUGACAAGAAAUCUUCGGAAUCGAAGUUCUCAGGAUUUCCGUUUGACCAGUCUGAGAGCAGAUCUGAAGAGGACUUCCAGUUCUCGUUCUCAUCCAAGAGCCCUGCGCCAAACGCCGCCUCUGAGGACAAGGCAGGGAGCGGAGAGGGAUUCCCCUUCUCCUUCAACUUCGGGAAUUUCUAGCCUGCCGAGAUGGCUUGUCCGUCAUUGUGCGCGAAGUAUUUGAAGAUUCACUUCUAUGGAUUUCCUAUUCGUGGUUUGGAUGAGAUAGCUGUGAUUGUUUUAAAGGUGUGACAAUGAAAAUGUACAUUUAGCCAGAAGAAGAAAAUAUAUCAUCAGAGUUUUUUUCAGAGUUUAUUUUCUUUUUUAUCCAAGGACCACGUGUUAAGUCCUGGCCUUUAUUGCUCUGUGUGUGUGUUUGUGUGUGUGUUCAUAACUUUCUGUUUGUCAUCACAAGCCUGUUGUGUGGAGGCUGGAAUCAAUUUAAAAAGCCAGAAAAUGUGUUUUAAAAGUUCAACACACGUGGGAAGGUAUGCAUUUGUCCCUGUUCACUUUUGGUUGAAAAUGUGCAAAAAUGUAAUUUAUAUAACAUGUAAAUAGCUAUAUUCUGUUAUUUAUUGGAAUGAGCGAGAUCAGUUCAGUGAUAUUCAUUGUUGACUUUAUUGUUUUCUUACAUUCAGGUGGUAGUGUUUACACAAAUACGGCCAUACACUUGGUAUGACAUGUUACUUGAA